AUGAGGAACGAGGGAUGUGGGAUGUGGAUGUGGGUGUGCUGUCUGUGGAUGCUAGAUGCUAGAAGGCCAGGAUGCCGGAUGAUGGAUGCUGCAGCAAAGACAGUUGGAAAUCGGAAGUUGGGGGCGAGAAGUGAUGUAAGAAAAUCUACCGAUCCCUCUCCCAGAACCAGAAAAGGCUGCAUGGUGGUUUGGCUUGGAGUCACCAUUGUCGAGGAUCCCGACAUCUUUCAAUCGGCCAGCACCUAUUCCCAGUCAACCUUGAGCUGGUGUUUUGUAUCAGUACUUCCCGCGACAGUAUCGGCUUCGUGUUACUGUCAGCUACAAGUAGAAGUUUUAACCCAAUCAUUACCACAGCUCUAG